AAUUUAUCUAAAUUAAUGAUUGAUUGUUGUUAUUGCAGAGGAUAUAUGGCCCCAGAGUACGCAUUAUGGGGUUACUUAACAGAUAAAGCAGAUGUAUAUAGUUUUGGAGUUAUGGCUAUGGAAAUUGUGGCUGGCAAAAACAACAUGAAAUAUCGUCCAGAUGAAAACUUUGUUUGCCUUCUAGAUUGGGCCCUUUUUCUACAACAAAAGGGAGAUAUAAUGGAGCUGGUGGAUCCAAAGUUGGGGUCCAAAUUCAAAAAAGUAGAGGCAAAAAAAAUGAUCAAGGUAGCUCUAUUGUGCACAAAUCCAUCACCUUCACUUCGCCCCACCAUGUCAACUGUAGUGACCAUGCUUGAAGGCCGAACUACCAUCCCUGAACUAGUCAUGGAUUCAAGUAUUCUUGAUGAUCCAUUCAGGUUCACCGGUUUGCGAGACAAGCUUGAUCAGAUUUCACAACAAGCCUCUAGUGAAUCUCAUAGCCUUCUUGCCCAGUCGUCUAACUCAUCAUCAUGGAUUGAUUCUGCCUCCACAUGAUCUCUUUAUCUUUAUUAAUUGUUUUACGUGCAUGUAGCUAUGUGGACUAUAUAUUUAGGUACGUACGUGAGUUAUUAGAGUGUAAACUAGAAUUUAUAUAUUAGUAAACAAGAAAAUAAGAAAGCUAUCCUUGUAUGA